CCGCCGCUGGUUCCUAUGUAAUCCCCUCAAAUCCCCCCUCGCUCCUCGUUCAUUCAGCAGCAAUUCCUCAAGUCUUCAGGUCUCACACUCUUGUUCCUCCUACCACAAAAGACUCCUGCCUUCCUCCGAGACAUAUUAUCUCAAAACAACCACAUCUCACAAAAUGCGUGUCGCUACUCUCGUCCUCGUCGCCUUCUCGGCCGUGGCUCUCGCCCUCCCUACCACCAACAACGUCGAGCGUGCCGCUGCUGACGCCAAC